AUGUCUCAACAACAACAAUCACAACAAAAUCAACAAACUCUACAAUCCUACCAACCAACCAACAGUUUUGAUGCUUUCUCUACUAGAGAUAUGAAUAUUCCACAACAAAAUCAACAACCUACUCAACAAACAACCCCACAAACAACUCAACAACCUAAUCUCCAACCAAAUCUUCAACCUAAUCUCCAACCUCCUCAAGAUGAAGAGGAUGAAGAAGAUGUUAUCUUCAAUGAUAAAGAAGAAAUUGAUAAUUUAACAGACCAACUCAUGGAAUUGUUUUACAAAGCAAAGCAUAACAAUAUCAAGUUUGGUUCAUUGCAAGAUUUAGUUCUAAUGACUUCAUUUGAAAAACCAGUCAUCAGUAAAGAGAAGGGUAAAGAAUUACAACAGGAACUCAAUUCCAUUACUGCUGGUCAUUCAGUUCUGUUUGGUAAUAAUAGAUCCAACGAGUUGACCAAUGAGAAGUUGAGAAAUGAUUAUAACUUUGUACUCAUGGUUGGUAAAAUGAGCGAAAGAAUGUUCAAAGUUAGUUCUGCCCAAGAAAUGUCUAACAUUAUGAACCUAUUAAUUAAUGUUGCUACCUUUAGAAAGACAAUUUAUGAUGUAGCAUUAUCCACCAAUUCUGUAGAUAAGAUUGCAAAUGUCGAAAAUACGAUGUCAGUUUCUGCUAAUCCCUACACUAAUGAGGUUAUGAAGGAAUUAAAAAAAAGAAAAGAAGAAAGAAACUGA